AUGACUUCAACAAAUUCUCCGUCGUCCCUCUUCCAGGUGUACCUCCGCCUCCGGCCUCCAAUUUCACAGCAACAAGACGAGCAAGCCGAGCGCUGCCUGACAGUGGAGAAGCCUGAAGCCUCACAGACUCAUCAGAAUGAGCCCGACUUAGUAUCAGCCCCCACCCACAUCACUCUGCAGCCCCCCAGUGAUGCACGCAAACGAGGAGUCGAGAAAUUCGGAUUUACCCAAGUCUUUGACGAAUCAGCAACUCAACUCAAUGUCUUCCAAGAGACCGGCGUUCAAUCCUUGGUUAAGGGAGUUCUUCUUGAGCAGAGGGAUGGAUUAGUUGCGACAUUGGGAGUGACUGGAAGCGGAAAGAGCCAUACUAUCCUAGGCUCGAAGACACAAAGAGGAAUUACCCAAAUGAGCCUUGAUCUAAUCUUCAAGUCCUUAGCCUCCACCAUCAAGCCUCCUGACAACACCAUUCCCCCUAUACUUCUCGCCUCUGUGGCUACCUCCGAUGCUUCCGAAUCCCAGCUGUUCACUGCUCAGACCUUUCUCGAAGCCGUAUAUGGCGAGCCCGACCGCGGCAGGAAUUCCAGGGCCCAGACACCUAUGAGUUCUUCUAGAGCUCACACCCCUAUGGCGGUAUGGAAAUCACCUCUCCCGAACCUACUUCAUGGAGCCCCGAUUCUAAACCCACUCGGACCCCGGGAUCUGCUCCAAUACUUUUACAAGACAAUGACCCAACCCCAAACCAAUCUGAGUCCCCCGAGCCCCAGGACUACAACAAAGCACUCCAAGAGCCGAAAGCUCAAUAAUACCCCAUCCAGUCCUGUUGAGUUACAUAAAGCUAAUCUAGCCUCUCCAACGAUAAAGGAACCCAUGCCUGCUCUUAUAUUUCCUCGUCGCCACAUGCCUAUGAGAGCCAGCACUCUACCCAGGUCCCCUGACGUUGGUCAUCUCACGCUUGACCUUAACCCUCAUUCCGAAUAUAUUGUUCUAGUCUCGAUGUACGAGGUGUACAAUGACCGAAUCUUCGACCUUCUGUCGCCCGCUAUAGUCCCCGGCCAAGGAAGCGCCGUUUCGCGCCAAGGACCAACCUCCCAAAAAGAUCGAAGAAAGGCCCUCUUCUUCAAGCCAACUGAAGGCUCUCCAGACAGGAAGGUCGUAGCAGGACUACGAAAAAUUGCAUGCAGCACUUACGAAGAAGCACUAGCAGUCCUUGAGAUAGGUCUAACUGAGCGCAAAGUUACUGGAACGGGUGCCAACAGUGUCAGUUCCCGCAGCCAUGGCUUCUUCUGCCUAGAGGUCAAGCGGAGAAUGAGAAACAAGAGGACCGGCGAAGAGACUUGGAUAGGCAACACCCUUACUGUUGCUGAUCUUGCUGGAUCGGAGCGAGCACGUACCGCAAAGACCGCAGGUUCCACCCUCGCCGAAGCUGGUAAAAUCAAUGAAAGUUUGAUGUACUUGGGGCAGUGCCUGCAAAUGCAAAGUGGCCUUCAGGAUGGAAACAAGACUGCUAUGGUCCCUUACAGGCAGUGCAAGCUCACUGAAUUACUAUUCUCAAACUCUUUCCCAUCAUCCAGUCAAUCUUCGAUCAAUAGACACCCGCAAAAAGCACUAAUGAUUGUGACUGCUGAUCCACUGGGCGAUUAUAAUGCCACCUCGCAAAUACUGCGAUACUCCGCCCUAGCCCGAGAAGUCACUGUCCCUCGAGCUCCUUCCGCCGAGUCGACCUUGUCAAGUACUCUUGGGUCUCGCAAAGGCUCUGGUGGACGCCAAUCGCCUCAACCUGGCCUGGCUGAAGAACUUGAAAAGGCUUUGGCUGAGAUUGAGCGUUUAACAGCAGAGAACGAGAAGCUCACCGUUCGACUAGCGGAAGAGGAAAUCCUAAGAGCCGAGAUGGAGACAGCACUCAUUGUAAGUGAAGAAAGAUGUCUCCUGAUCGAGCAAGAAGUGCGAGAAGAAUGCUGGGUUGAGAUGGAUGAGAAAAUGGAGCAGGAAAGAAAAAGAUGGCAAAGCGCUUGGGAUGAACAGGCUGGACACAAUGACGAGCACAUUGAUAAGAAGAUUGAGCUGUUCUCUCAAGGGUUCAAGAUCCACCAAGAUCCGGAGCCAUCAUCUGAUGAGCGGGUCGAAGAGCUCGAGUUCGAAAACGACCAGCUUCGCAGCCGAAUCACAUCGUUGGAGCGCGAGUUGACAUGCAGAUCGCCAACGAAGAAGUCGAAAUCCAAAAACACCGUCCUAGAACCCUCCCGCAGUGCUAAUAUCCUUGGCCGCGAGAGCGAUAUCGAGGUCGCGCUCCGCAAAAUGGAUCAACUGAAGCUCGCGGAUAGCAUGUUCAAAACUCCUUUGGUAGGUUCCCCCGGAAAGAGCCAGAGGAAGAUGGCGACUCGCAAGUGGGACUUUGCGCCGGAGGACGACAUCUAG